AUGGCCGACCCAGACUUUGUACCCAGCACAAGUGAACCGGAAGAUGAAGAUCAACAACCGGAUUUAUCUGAGCUCAAUCAUAGAAGAAGAAGAAAUCUUGAAGCAGAAGAACCCGUACUUGUUUUACCUCUAAUCGCCCAGAAAUUCAAGCACUAUUUUGAUUGCUUGAAAACAAUCUCAAACGGCACACUAGAUGCCAUCCAUCACAUCCCGUGCCUGAAGACUCCUCGUUCCUCAACCCGAUUCCAGGAUUGUGUCAAUCUUGACCAGAUUCAUUGGACUUCUUCAAGACCGUGGAAAAUCUCACAAAACGGCGAAGAUUUUUAUCAAUCAGUCAAAAUUCAAAAUCAAACUAUCAACAUUGGUUCAGUGAUCAUUUGUGAAAGAAAAACUGGGCGUGAAUUUAGCUACAGGAAGGCACGAUUGACAACUGUAGAUGAUAAUUAUGGCUCAGAUACCGAUGAUGAAAGAGAGGACAAAUUUCAAGACAUAAAACCUCCCAAACCAAACCGUCGAAGAUUUCUCAUCCGAGCCUUGUUUGAACGCAAUCAACUCAAAUAUUUCCACGGCACAUGGCUUGAAGAGGCACAGCACUCCUUUGUUGGUGCAUCCGGUGAACCAUUAGAGCUUCUAUUGGUCGACCAAUGCUACGAAAUCGAGUUGAGAUUCAUCACCGGGAUUGAAAAGGUUGUAUGGAUUGCGGCUAAUAAGACCGAACCACCUCCGAUUGACAGCUAUUACUGUCGGUUCCACUGGAAACCUAACGAAGGUAGCUUCCUAGAUUUACCAUGCGUCCGAAAGCCAAAUCCGCCAAAUCCAAUUAAACAUCCAAAAUCAUUAUGUUCAACUUGUGUUUCUGUCCCACGAGAAAUCGAAUGGCUCACAGAUGCAACCAAUGGACAUAUUUUACUUGGAAAGACUGACCAAUACGAGUUACUAGGAUUCACCCUACGCGGCCAGGAAACUUACCGACUCAAUGAUUUUGUCAGGGUAGCCGAUACAUCACCAUCCAAGCCUCAAGUUAUCGGCCAAAUCGUUGAAAUAUGUGGGGUUCGUGCCAAUUGGAAUGCGGACAAGACAAUUAAUCUUGACGACACGCCAUUUCGACCACCUGCUAAAGUCUAUUCGAGGAUUGCCAGUUUGAAACACAAGCCGGUGAUCACUAUCCGCAAAUAUCAACGUAAACCGUGGUUUCAGACUGAGAAGGACUCAAGAAAGUUUGCCGACGACCACAGAUUAUGGAUGACCAAUCAGGAACAACUGGUUGAUGUCAAGAGUCAGCUUGAAGGUAAAUGCGAGAUUGUACAUCUGUUCAAGGACAAAACUCGACAAUUCGUCACUGUUGGUUCUCGUCGUGAAGUCUCAGAGGAGUCAAUUAUAAACCGAGACAAUUGCUUUUAUUCGAUCUUACCCACCCGGAAACAAGCCAAAUAUUUCUGCAGUGUUCCAAUUAUCGAUGACGGCUGGGAGAAAGCUAUAAUAAGUCAAGAGCCAGAAUGGGUGAAGAUCGAGCACGAAUCAUCAAAAGGCAACCAGUAUGCGGAUCUGGUGAAGAAUUAUGGAUGUGGAAGGAUCCGGCACCUCGAGUUAUUUGGAGGGAUUGGGAGUAUGAGUGUGGCGUUGAUCGAGCUCGGACUGGCCUCACAAGACGAAACAAUGUUCAUCGAUUUCUCGAUCCCGGCUUGUCAAACGCUCUCCACCAAUUUUCCUCGCUCGACAAUCAUCUGUGCGGAUGUUAACGAGGUUCUUGCACUGAUGAUCAAUGGUAAGACUGAGUCCGGUCAGGACUUCUUGGUUGAUCAAAGAACUGGGAAGGUGAUUCGUGUCAAUGAAUUACCUCGACCGGGUGAUUUUGAUUUAAUCACUGCUGGAUUCCCAUGUGGGAGUCAUUCAACCCUUAAUGUUUUACGGAAGGCAAACGAUUCUAAGAAUGCUCUCUGUGCCACCGCUCUAUCGUUCAUCGCCUAUCUGAAGCCUGAUUAUCUAUUCUUUGAAAAUGUUUGGUGCGCGGGUUUACUCAAGACAAGCUUCAUUAAUCCAGGCAAUGAUUCGGUGCUCAACAAGGCAUUCUUGAGGAUUAUCAACGGAGCUCUAAUCAGUCUUGGUUAUCAAGUGCAGUUUGGAGUUUUACAAGCCGCCCAGUUUGGAUCACCGCAAGCGCGACGCAGAAUCAUCUUUGCAGGAACUCGACACGGGUUGACAGCUAUCAAAUUACCUGAACCAACUCACCACUAUCCCGACGAAGGUCUGGCAAUCUUAUUGCCGACAAACGAUGAGAAGAGUGACCAUAAUGGGCAUCGCUUGGUACGAGCUGAUUAUCGAAAGUGUAGUUCAGGGGCCUUGAAAGCAAUCACAGUUCACGAUGCAAUCUCCGACCUGCCCGAGUUCGAGUACCUGAAUCCGGACCGGAUCAUGGCAGAAUACUGUUCCAGGAGGCCCCACAGAAUUAGGCAGAACAAUGACAAUCAGGAAUUGAUCACUGGCAGAUCAGAGUUGGUCCCUCAACUCAAUCGGCUCGUCUCCUUCUCCUCAACUCUCAACCACUCGACGAUCUCAUUGAUUGGAUUCGACGAGUUCGAAUACCUCACCAAGCCGAUGAAUCGCUACCAAUCUUGGCUACGAAAGCCGCUCGAAUGGAAGCCCUUAGUUGAGGCUUUUAUCCCCAAAUACCCGAGAGUCGAGAAUUCGGAUUCUCGAAAUGUUCAGCAAAGGAGAACUCGUUACAAUGAUGAGGAUGGUGAUCAUUAUGCUUUAGGAUCUGAUUGCCGGAUUCGUAAUUGGCAUGUCACACCCAGGUUCUCGGCUAAAGUGACCGAACGGAUCUGUAAUAUUCCUCUCAAACCAAAUGCUGAUCAUCGACAUUUACCCAAGCCGCUCCGAUUAAAAAACCUCAAUACGUGCAGAAAUCCACAUGAUUUUGAUGGUAAUUAUGGUCGUUUGGGGUUCCAGGGUCAAUUCAAUACUAUCAUCACCAAAAUGCAUCCCCAUAAUCAAAAUAAAUGUGGGGCGGUCUUGCAUCCUAACCAAUACAGGACACUGAGUUUAUUGGAAGCUCAACGAGCACAGGGAUUCCCGGAUCGAUUUAAAUUAGAGCCAGCGGCGACAAAGGGAAAGAUGGACGAGACGGUGAACCAACAGUUGUUUAAACUGAUUGGAAACUCGAUCCCGAUCCCCAUCUCUCUCAGUCUCUCCAAAUCUCUCUUGAAGGCCCGUGAACAAGAGUAUCUCAAGACUAAGGUCAAGGAAGUCAAAAAGGUCAAGAGGGAAUCGUCUAGCUUUGUGUUACCUAAUCAUCUCAGUCAAUCUCAUUCUCAUGAUCAGGAGAGUCAUCAAUCAACAAAACUUGGAGCGGAUAAAGGCAAACAAAAAAUUGUUGAUGAUGAUGAGAUUGUUGAGAUCAGUCAUCAUCAAAAUCAUCAUCUGUCCGGAAAUCACACUAAUUUGGGAUCUGUGAAUACUGCUACUACUACUACUACUAGUAGUUCCAUUGUCUCGCCUCUUCAAUCGAACUCGACUAUAAAUAACUCGGUUGAUCAUUUUCAAUUCCUUAAAAACUCUACCGAUUGCUUGGACUUGUUGGAUAUCAUUUUGGAUCGUUAUCUGGUUCCUUCUCUUGCUUCGUCUUCUUCUUAAUUACAAUGUAUAUAUAUAGAGAGAGAGAGAGUCUUGGUUUUUGUCACUUCUCUCUCUCUCUCUCUCUCUCUCUCUCUCUCUCUCUCUCUCUCUCACUUUUAUCACUUUUUUUCUUUUUUUUUUUUUUCUUUCUUUCUUUUUUUUUUUGGGGGGGGGGUCAUUUAGAGAAACUGUAGCUACAAAAAAAGAGGAUAUAUCUUAAGGGGUAUUGACUGUGGGAUUCUGUUCUGAAGAAUGAUGUUUACAUUUGUUGUUUUUUUUUCUUUAUUUUCCAUAAAAAUUGCAAACAAGUGGCAAGAACUACUUUUGAUG